ACCUCACUCCUGCACGGUCAUGUCCAACAAACAGCGGCUCGUUCUCUCCAUCCUCGACUUUCUCAACCAGUCCAUUGAGGACGGCACCGUCAAGCAAGACGACAAGGAGAGUCUUGAGGUUGCAAUCCAGUGCAUCGGGGAGGCCUUCACAGUCGAUCCUUCCGAUUCAGCCCAACGCGAGAAGUUGUCUAUAAAGCCUGCGACGCUCCAAAAUGUCUUUGACGUCUUCUUGAAGACGAGGGAGAAGGUCGGUGCCAGCCCAGCACCGGCUGCGCCAGCGACAUCAGCUGCGCCGAGCGCGGACGACAAGGCGAAAGCGGAGAAGCUGAAGGCGGAAGGCAAUGCACAAAUGUCUGCUAAGCAAUACGACAAUGCAAUUGACGCUUAUACGAAGGCCAUUGCGCUUGACCCGACAAAUGCUGUUUAUUUCUCGAAUCGCGCCGCGGCGCAUUCGAGCAAGGAAGAACAUCAGGAAGCGACCUUGGAUGCACAAAAAGCUAUUGAGCUGGAUCCCAACUUCGUGAAGGCAUAUCAUCGACUUGGACACGCCCAGUACUGCCUCGACGAUUUCAAGGAGGCAGCGGCGGCCUUCCGUCGCGGCCUCGAACUUGAUCCGUCCAAUGCGGCCCUCAAGUCUGGUCUCAAGAACGCAGAGGCUCGGAUCGCACCAGAAGACACAGACUUAUCCUCGCUUUCAGAGCCCGAGGUUGCGGGUGGAAGUGCCAAUGCUGCAGGUGCCGGAUUGGGCGGAAUGGCGGACAUGUUGCGGAACUUGGGCGGUGGAGGCGGCGGAAUGCCCGAUCUCGGUAGCCUAAUGAGCAAUCCAAUGAUGAUGCAGAUGGCACAGCAGAUGAUGGCGAACGGUGGCAUGGAAAGAAUGAUGCAGAACCCCGCCUUGGCUAACAUGGUCAGUCAGCCUUUCAUUAUGUGAAUUCAUAGUGGAUAAUCAUCUCUAUUGGGGUAGAUGAACCGAGUGCAGCAAGGGG